ACAUGGGAGCCAAGUGAUGCUGGACUGAGCCGGAGCCCGAGGCGCCUUGACACUCUACUCUCUAUCGACCUACCCUCCCCUCAAUUAGAAUCGACAUUAGCAACAUCCACUCUACAGAACCCUUACCGGAAUCCAACGAUUCGCUUCCUCUAUCAUCCCCACCUAUCCCUGCCCAUAUCAUACAUCGGACAACCUCACUGAGAUGGGGUCCACGGUCUGCCAUGCGUUCUUCACUACACACAGCAGAAGCCACCAUCUCAGAGGAAAGGCCAGAGGAGAAAAGAGAGGCUUGUCAGAGCAGCCCUGACGCCAGCAGUGCAAGAAGUACACCCACUUCACCCGUGCCAAAAAUAAAGUCUCCCUUUCUCUUUACGUCAGAUCCACAACCACUGAGGGUUUUGGUACAUACAGAAACAAACAGCCAAACACAGACUGAACAGCACACGUGGAGAGUCAAAAAAAGCAUUCUCGGCCGCUACAUCUCGAACCAAGGGCCAGAUCAACAGUCACUAAAAGAAAGCCGCAAGUGGAAAAUGAAGUUCCUGCCUGGCAGGGGUGGUUCAAAAGCAAAGAAGGGUCGUGGGUUAGCUACACAUGCAAUAUGGAUAGUAGAGAAGGGUCUUUUGGCGCGGUACAUCUGGGACCCAAGCUACAAUUUCGCCUUUAUAAAAUGCUCCAAACAAGUGCCAAUCGACAUUGGUUGUGGGAACUUCAACCCAACCCUGUCGCUCCUGCUCUACCCGUUGGGUCUGUUUGACGACAAGCGUUCGAACAUGACUCUGCAACUCAAGAUCUUAAUACCAGAUGAAUGCCCACCCUUGCUCCCUACUGAUUCCUAUAAUCUGUCAUUGAAAAUUUGCUCUGCGGAGACCAGAACAACACCAGGGACACAAUUGGAAUAUGCACACAAGUCAUACAGAAUCCCAUUCGAUCAAGGGAUGAUCUACAUCCACAGUUUCCUUCCACACCACAUAAUCAAGCAGUGCGAAUCCUCUGCAUUGGAGUUCCACAUUACAACCAGCCACUUGUGUAAUAAAGAAGACACCUCGGCUCCAAGCUUGGUAGAAGUUGAGUCCCCUAAACACAGACAAAACCUAGUGACUACACCAAAGUUGCUUAACUUCAACCACCCACAGUUUUUCAACUUUGAUACAACAUCAGCUACUGAAGGAGAGAGAACUUUUGAUGGAUGUCUUCUUCCCGAAUCUAUGACUCCGUUGUCCAUCUUAUCUGACUGCACAAGUGAGGGAAGAAAGUUCACAGACGAGGCCAACGACUUCAGUCUGGAGAUCCCAGAGGGAGCCAUUCCUGAGGGAGAGAGCCACACUGUUGACGUGGGAGUCGGUCUCUUUGGCCCAUUCCAGUUCCCAGAAGGUCUGAGACCUGUGUCUCCCGUGUUCUGGGUCUGUGUCCGUGACCAGAAAAACUUCCAGUUCUCCAAACACGUCCCAGUCACCAUCCCUCACUUCCUUAAUCUUGAAAAUGAGGACGACAUCCAAUCUCUGGGUCUUACAUUUCUCAAAGCAGACCACAACAAGAACUCUGAGGGGCUGUACGAAUUCAACCCAACAGAUGGAGAGAUGGACUUUCAAACUUUCAAAUCACAUGGAAUUCUUCGAACAUUGCAUUUCUGUUCCCUUUGUAUCGCUGCAAGAGACAUACCAAAGAGCCUUCAAAAGGCAUUGUUCUGCAUUACUGCCGUUCUUCCAAAAUUCUCAAUACCAGUUGGCAAAAGUAUUAAUUUAUACUUUAUAAUCACUUUUCUGAAUUUAAAAACUUGCCUCAAGAAGGUAGACGAUAUAAUAGCAACAAUGGAAUUGGAUGGACAUAAGACAAAGCAGCUUAAAUUUCAAUUCAACACCAACACCAGAACUCCGGCGCUAGAGAUGGUUAUAACUCAACCAAAACACGGCAAAAUUGGAUUAUCAGGAAACACAAAGGUGUUUCGCAGUGAGGUGGAUUUCUUUGUGAAAAGAAGGCUUACAGAGGGGGAACUUAACACUCUGAAGAGUGAUAAGUUUUACCCUCCACGAUUUGAGGGCUACUUUGCUUCUUUCAGGGAGAAUGCAACAUUAGACGACGGCAAGAUUGUCUUCAAAGGUGCCACCAGUGACAUUGUGUACGACAUACACCUUGAUUGUCCAACCGCCAUUCCUGCUAUUAAAGGUAUAAUCUCUGUCAUGCUCUUUCAGCUUCUAAAAUUCAUGAUUUUUACAGAAGCUGUGGAUAUGAGUACACAUACUGAGAGCAAGCUCCUACUAGAUAUCGACAGAGAUCUCCACAUUGCCAAGAGGCAUCUGCAGCAUCUGAGCAAACAAGAACUGAAGGACAUAUUUCUGGAACUGGGACUCUUUGACGCAACAGUUCGGGACAAUUUAACAGACAGCAGUCGAGACAGUUAUGCAGAGGAUCUCAUUCGGGCAUGGAUACUAGGAAGAGAUGGAAUCAUGAUUAAAGAGGAGUACAAAGGGGGAGCAACUUGGGAAAACCUCAAGAAAGCUCUCAGGAACAUUAACCAUCCUGGAGUAGCUGCUACAAUAUGACUUGCUGUACACGAAACAUGUAUAUACUUCGUUUGAAUCACCCAUGUUGAUCUCCCUUUUAUAUACCUCCACAUCUUGGUCAUUA